CGUAGUGCAUGUGCUGAUGGAUCUUCACCGAAUUCUUCGUGUGUUUAUAGUCUAGGUGAUCUAAGUGGUGCAAAUAAUUCUGCAGAGUUUACAGGGUGAUAUAAGAGAACAACACUAUGAGGUACAAAAUAUCCAGAAUCCUCCACAUACUCCCAAAAAACACCUUCAAAUAAAGGAAAACCAAAUAUAGAAACAGAAUCAACGACUUUACAGGCCAUACAAAUUUCGAAUGCAAGAAACGAACAUGCCAAUGAAGAACUUCCUGAGAACAUUCACCGGAUUUUUCGUGAAAAUCAAGUUUAAACCGGCACGGAUCAGUGUUAGUUUUAGUGUUUACGUUGUGUUGUGUUUGCUGAUUGUUCGUGUGGAAAGGUGCACGUGCAAUAGACCGCCAAGAUUUCUUAUUGAUGGCCAAACUGAGAUCGUUUUAAGACUGAAAGAAGGCAAAGAAACGCCGAUAGGGUCUCUGCUGUACAAACUGAAGGCCUACGACCCUGACAGUGACAGACUAUCAUUUGGAGUACAAUCAUCCCCGGGAAGUGACGUCAUAGUGGUAGAAAGCACAUCGAACAGCGAAGCCAAUAUUUAUUUAAACACCCUACUUGAUAGAGAGGAAAAAGAUGAAUACGCUCUAGUCCUUACAUUAACUGAUGGAAAGCUAGGAACGGGAAACUACAUCACUCAGAGCCUUCUUCUAUUGGUAGAAGAUGUCAACGACAACGCCCCGGUGUUCAAAAACCACCAAACCUCAAUUUUACUUCGAGAAGAUGCCCCUCCAGGCAUCAUAGCCCAUCUGGAAGCCACUGAUGCUGACGAAGGUCCGUAUGGUCAAGUACUCUACCAUCCAGGAGCUGACGUUGACAGGAACUUGUUCAGCGUCAGUACUGUUGGAGAAAAAGCCAUAGUCAGACUCAUUGGUAGUUUAAACUAUGAGAAACAGACAGUACAUCAACUGAAGGUUCUGGCAGUCGAUAGGGCCAAAGAAGGACGUGUUAAUACAGGAACUGCAGUGAUUUUGGUGAAGGUUGAAGACGUUGAAGAUCAACCUCCUGAGUUUUUAAAGGUUAUUCCUAUAGCCAGGGUAGAAGAAAAUGGCCCUAUUGGUACUGUAGUUCUUCAAGUUACUGCCGUUGAUGGGGACAGAGGUAUAGACAACAAAAUCUCAUAUUCCAUUGCUUCAAACAACAUAGAUCAAAGUCAUGAUCCUUUUAAAAUUGACAAGAACUCUGGAAAAGUCAUGACUAAUGCAGUUUUGGACAGAGAAUCAAUGCCUUUAGGUUCAAACUCCCACAUCCUUCAAAUCAUUGCUACAGAAGUGGGAAGCAGAAUCAAGCCACCUGCUUCAGCAAGUACUGAAGUGACUAUAAUGAUUACUGACGUCAAUGACGAGGUUCCUACGUUCAAAAGCGAACUUUAUGAAUGUGAAAUUGCUGAAAAUGCACCAAAGAACACUCCUCUAACUUUCCUAGGCAAUUCUUUACCAGAAGUCUAUGAUUAUGAUCAAGGUAUCAACGGUACCUUCCAAAUGUACGUCAAAAAUGCCAAAGAUUUAUUCGAACUGACCCCUAACAAAGCUACCAACGAAGCUACAUUCACUAUUAAAGUCAAAAACAGUACUGCACUGGACUACGAAAGAAUAAAACUACUAAACUUCACGAUUGUAGCGAAGGAAGUAGUUAAAGUCAGUCCUAAAUCCAGUGAAGUACCAGUUAUAGUACAUAUUUUAGAUAGAAACGAUAACUAUCCCGAAUUUACAAAGACUUCUUAUGAAGUUUGGGUGCCAGAAAAUUGCGAGGUUGGUACUACCGUAGCCUGGGUGCAAGCGCUUGAUGAUGAUUCUGGAUCGUUUGGCACAACUGGUGUGAGAUAUACUAACAUUGCUGGAAGUAUUUCGAAUUUAUUAAACCUCCAUCCAGUGACUGGAAUUAUCACUGUAAAACUGGAUGGAGGACCCUCAUGGGACAGAGAACAAGUCUCAAGACAUUAUUUGACAGUUGAAGCCCGAGACGACUUAGGAAAUGGAAACAGAAACACCGUACAGCUUAUUAUUAACAUAGAGGAUGAAAACGACAACAAUCCGGUGUUUGUUCAGACUAAAUACGAAGCUAGGUUACUGGAAAACAAGAAAAACUUCGAGGCAGUGCUUAAAGUUGAGGCUAGAGAUGCUGAUCUGAAUGGUACAAAAAACAGCGAAAUUGAAUACCUACUGUUCGGAGAACUCCACCAAAACUUCACUAUAGACCCUGUAACCGGCAUAAUCAAACCCAAGCACCCGAUUGACUUUGAAAACAUCGAAGGACCAGAAGAGGAAAAUGUCAGAAUACUUUACCUUACUGUCAGAGCUAGAGACCACGGGACUCCGAGCCUCUACAACGAGGUUUCUUUGCAUAUAUACAUAGAAGACGUAAAUGACAAUGCUCCGUUCUUUGAUUAUGUUUUUUACAAUGCUUCUAUACCAGAAGACGCGGAAGGUGGUACCCAAAUCAUACAAGUGGAAGCAUUUGACCUGGAUGGAUCGUCACCAAACAAUCGAAUAGUUUACCGGAUUCAAACAGGAGCCCUUGAUAAGUUUGUGAUCGAUUCUGAAACAGGUGUUAUAUCAGUUGCAAGUGGUGCAAAUCUGGAUCCAGAUCUGUCACAACCUAGAAAAAGCCUCUAUUCUCUAAACGUUUUGGCUCUGGAUGGCGGUCAAGGCGAAAAUCAACUCCACGCAGCUGUCACAGUAGAAAUUCUGAUUCAAGAUGUAAAUAAUAAGAAUCCUGAGCUUCUGGAUAUAGAAGAUUUGUCAGUGGAAGAGAACACCCCUGUUGGAACUGUCAUAGCCAAAAUACGGGCUAGAGAUCCAGACGAAACAGCCAAGUUGAUUUACAUGCUCGACCAAGACAAUUGUCAAGCAAAAAACGAGCGAGAUAUUCUUUUAAAAGCUGAUGAUAUUAAAUGCGUUAGUUAUUUCAAUUUGGAACCUUCCUCUGGAGUCCUAAGCGUUGCCAAACAGAUUGACAGGGAAGAAAUUGAUAUGUUCCGGGUCAGUGUGAUCGUUUCAGAUGAGAAUUCUGACACAGGACAACAAAUAGACUCGGCUACUUUUAAAAUUCAGAUUGAGGAUGUUAACGAUAAUAACCCUAAGUUUACCCAACCCUUCUACAAAUUCAGCGUGCAAGAGAACGGCAAGAAUGGUAUUUUAAUCGGCACAGUUAGAGCAAUAGACCCAGACAAAAACAAAACAAUAUUUUACAAGAUCGAGGGCAAACAGCUGAAUAACAAUUUAGUUCACUUGGAUAGCAGUUCUGGAGAUCUGGUAGUCGCUAGCAAGAUCGACCGAGAAACUCAUCAAUGGCUAAAUUUUACUAUUAAGGCCAUCGACUCUGGAGUACCCACUCGUUCAACACGCUCAGAAGUCCUUGUACAAAUUCUAGAUGAAAACGAUAAUAAUCCUGAAUUUGAUCCUGAACCCAAAGCACUCGUUAUACUUGAAAAUAUUCAGCCAGGCAGUAAAAUAAGUACAAUUAGAGCUACAGACGCUGACUCGGGAGAGUAUGGUAAAAUAACUUAUAUCCUGGAUAGAGUAUCGUCUCAAGGAAAAUUUGCCAUUGACAGUGACAGUGGAGUAUUAAGGGUAGCUGAAGAACUAGACAGAGAAGACAGAGCUUCCUAUAUGCUUAUUAUAGAAGCUUGGGAUAACUAUCAAUAUGGUUUCAACGCUAGAGAAAGCAGAAAUGCUUUUAAACAUCUUAAUGUCACUCUCUUGGACGUAAACGAUAACACACCAGAACUAGUAGUCGAAACAGGCUGUAUUAACAUCACAGAAUUCCAGGAAGUCAACCAGCCCAUUACUCUAGCCCAUGCCUCAGAUGAUGAUGACCCCAACACUCCAAAUGGCCAGGUUAUAAUCGAUAUAUCCGAUGGAAACACUGAAGAUUUAUUUGAAUUGUACCAGGUGUCUGAGUGGUCGUCUCAGAUCAGAACUAGAAGUUCUUUGAGGGGUCGACAUGGGAACUAUACCUUGAUACUUAGGGCUCAGGAUUUAGGGAACCCUAGUUUACUAACUGAAGAAGCUGUAAGGAUAUGCGUGAUGGAUUAUAACGACCAUCCUCCAGUUUUUGUAUCUCCUCCACAUAAUUCGACUCUACGUGUCCCAGAGAAUGCUACAGUGGGCAGUGCCUUAGUGCAAAUAAUAGCCACAGAUGAAGAUGUAGGUCGUAAUGGGGCUGUUAGAUACAAACUAAAGACUGACCCAGCUGGUCAUUGGAGAACAUUCACUCUACAGGCUGUUUCAGGAAUAUUAGAGCUACGAUUACCUUUAGACAGGAAAAAACAAAAAAUAUUUGACAUUCGUGUUGAAGCUUACGAUUUAGGCAUGCCCACACCUUUAAGUUCUGACCUGGAUUUAACCGUCUAUGUUAGUGAUAUUAAUGAAUACCAACCCCAGUUUGUUGAAGAUGAAUAUGUCAUAGAAUUUACCGAAAACGAAGAUCCAGGAAUUGAAAUUAAGACUCUCCCAAAAACUAUCGAUCGUGAUGAGCUGGAAUAUGAAGGACCUCCUGCUCCUGUAUGUUAUUUUAUUGUUGCUGGGAAUGAAAACGAAAUAUUUUAUUUACAUCCUUUUGAACACACGGUCCAAGUAACCCAACCACUCGACAGGGAAGAACAAGAUCUUUACUUACUAUUGGUCAAAGCCACAGAAGACUGUUCACAUCCUCCUUCAGUCGAACAUUUCUUUGACGUAAACGAUGACACUCAAUUAAAGGUCAUAGUGAGAGUAAAAGACGUCAAUGACAAUGCUCCAAGAUUUACCAGAAGAGUUUUCACUGGAGGUGUCAGCACUGCAACUUCCUUCGGCACCAAGUUCAUGCAAGUCAAAGCAGAAGACCCAGACGACGGUCAAAACGCUCUUUUAUCAUAUUACCUCGUUGGCAAAGUCCAAAUGACUCUUACAGAAGGUCUGGAUAGUCUUUCCAGAGUCCCGUUCAUUGUAGAAAAAGAUUCUGGAGAAGUCCAGUUAAAUUUCGAUCCCCAGCAAGGCAUGAAAGGAUACUUUGACUUUAUGGUGGUUGUUAAUGAUACUGGAGGACUCCAAGACACUGCUAGAGUAUUUAUUUACUUACUCAGAGAGGAUCAGAGGGUUAGAUUUGUGCUGAGACAACAUGCACCAGAUUUAAGAGAAAAAAUCGAAGUUUUCAGAGAUGUGCUAGGUAAUGUUACUGGUGCUAUAGUUAACAUAGACGAGUUCAGAAUUCAUGCCAAUCACGAUGGGACAGUUGACAAGACUAGAACUGACUUGUAUUUACAUCUGGUCGACAGGAAAGACAAUUCUAUUUUGGAAGUAGGAGAUGUUUUGAGAUUGGUAGACCAAAACACUGAAAGACUUGACGCUUUGUUUAAAGAUUUUAAUGUUCUGGAUACACAACCUGGAGGGAGUCUUGCUUUGAGAUCCAAAAUGCAGAGUGCUGGGACCACUUUCUGGCUUUCAGCUACUUCCUUAUUUCUUCUUUUGUUAUUGUUGCUAUGUUUGGCAUUGUGUAUCAACCAAAGACAAAGUUACCAGAGGAAAUUGAAGGCUGCCACCGCCACAGCUUAUGUUCGCGCAGACUCGGAGAUAGAUGGAAGAGGUCUGAGUAUAUUAAGUGGAAGGGUUCCUAACACAAAUAAGCACAGUAUGGAAGGUAGCAACCCCAUAUGGUUGAAAGCCUACGAAAACGAGUGGUACAAGAACUCAGAGGACGUGAGUAACACGUCGGAUCACGAUUCUCUGGAUGAAAACGUUGUUUGUGAUGACUGCGUGUCCAUUGACCGAACUACAUCAUCUCCGGUGGAUUCGGGGCAGGAUCAGCAAUUCGUAAGGCAGCAAAACAUUUACCACAGCAUGCCUGCUCCAAUUCCACAACCGAGGAAGCUAGAGACGACUGAAUUAUGAUUUUUGACGACGAUUCGACAAAAGUUUGUCAUAAAUAAGGUGGAACCUUUAGAGAAUAUUAUUAAAGGAGGAUUUGGAGUAAAUGAAUGAGGAAAUACAACGACAAUAAAGAAAAUUGAAACGAACUAAGAUUUAGUGU